AUGACUAACCUUCUGCUUCAGGAUCCGUUCACGGUUCUCAAGGAGUAUCCGGAUCGACUAACUCAAACGCUAGAGAUUCCGCUACAGACAUGUUGUCUAAGGUAUUCGCACGGCGGUGACUACUUGGCCAUGGGCUCUACCAAUGGCGCUGUUGUAAUUUACGACAUGGAAACCAGUAAGCCGGUUGCGAUGCUCGGCAAUAGAGGUGGCGGCCAUGUGAGAUCGGUAGAAUCUAUAGCAUGGUCAAAUGACGAUCGUUACAUUCUCACUAGCUCUCGAGAUUGGUAUGUCAAAGUAUGGGACUUGGAAAGACCAGGGGUACCUCAUCGGUCUGUAAAGUUCGAUGCACCGAUCUGGUCAUGUCAAUGGCGUGCGGAUGGCGAUUUGAGCUGUGUGGGCACUGUUUUCGAAGAUUCACACGCAUUUGCCAUCACUUUUGCACCUGGUGCGCCCACUGUUGAAAGGGUUUUUGAUCCUAGCGAAGUCGUCGAAAAAAAGAACUUUGGAAACGAUGGAAAUGACUCAAAAGAGCUUCAACAUCAGGAUUACGGCUAUACUUUAGUGUCUUGUGUGCACCCUGUACACAAGGAUCUACUCAUCACUGGCACAUCUAAAGGUUGGCUGAAAAUUUAUCGCUUUACUGAUCAGAAAAUCCGUCUGAUACAUUCUUACCGGUUUGCAUAUACUAAUGCCAAACAUAUGGUAAUAUCUCAGUCAGGGGAUCGCCUGGCGAUUAACUCGUCAGAUCGAACCAUUAGACAAUACCUAUUAGAAAUCAGUCCCGAUGUUACUGAGAUCAAUUUCACACUUGAGCAUCGGUACCAGGAUGUCAUUAAUAGGCUUCAGUGGAACAGUAUUUGCUUCAGUAGCAAUCCUGCUGAGUACCUCGUCGCCUCAGCUCACGGAAGUUCAACACGCGAUUUAUACUUAUGGGAAACAAGCACGGGAUCCCUAGUCAGGGUUUUGGAAGGAGCAGAAGAAGAGCUUAUGUGCAUUGAUUGGGACUUUAACCACAUGUGCAUCGCAAGCAACGGAUUGGAGACUGGUAAUGUGUACAUUUGGUCACUCGUGAUACCUCCGAAGUGGAGUGCACUUGCGCCCGAUUUUGAGGAAGUUGAGGAAAACAUAGAAUAUAGGGAGAAGGAGGACGAAUUCGAUCAAGCAGGGGCGCUCGAACAGCAACAGGAGCUUGACCAGGCUGAGGAAAUCGAGAUAGACCUCCGGACACGCGAAAAAUUUGAUGUACGAGGAAACGAAAUAAACCUUGACCGUUUCGUCAUCCCAAUCGAUUAUGAAAGUAUCCUCAUGUUAAAACACUGGGACAACGAGCAUUUGGCGGGUCAUUGA